CCAGCCUCAUGCCACACUGGAGUCUUUGUGAUCCUGCACCUUCUCUAAGCAGUUAUCAGAAAAACGAAUCCAUCAGACACGUUGAAUUUGCAGCUGAGAAGCCAGACGGAUCGUUCUUCUGCCUGUAAAGUGCCUGUACCAAAGUGGCUCAGAUGAGUGAAGUCAAAAUCAUUAAGGAAGGCGUCCUGCUGAAGAUGUCCCAGCAGAAAAAGAAAAUAUUUCCUAGGAACUAUAAAGAGCGCCUUUUCAUCCUGACCAGCCAGACCCUGAUUUACUAUGAACAGGAAAAAGGGAAUAAGAGGAGAAAAAAAGGGUCAAUUCUGACAGAUAGAAUCUACUGGGUGGAAAAAGUCGAGCCAGAGAAGAAUGCGCCAGUAGAAAGAAAGUUCCCCUUUCAGAUUGCAUAUGAUGAAAGCAUCCUGUACAUGUUCGCAAAGGAUGAUACAGAUAGAAUGGACUGGUUAGAGGCGAUGAUGCAAGUCAUACAGGGAAAUGAUAAGCUCUCUGCAAAGUACCACAAAGGAUUUUGGGUAGACGGAGUAUUCCUGUGCUGUGGCCAGGCCGUAAGGAAUGCCCCAGGCUGCUGUGACUGGCACAAAGAAUCAUUGAAGCUCAGAGCAUCUUCUCGAAAUAUUACGUUACCUCCUGUGCCAUCUGCAAAGCUCCGAGAGAGAACCCAUCUUCCUCCCAUCCCAGAAGAUGAAGGCAAUGCCUGUGUGGAGGUUGUGGCUCUGUAUGACUACACUGCCAAGAAGCCUGGAGAGCUAAGUGUAGUAAAGGGAAUCCGAUAUGUCUCUCUGGAAAAGAUGUCGGGUGACUGGUGGAAAAUCAGAGACAUGACUGGUUCGGAAGGACUCGUCCCUUCUAAUUACAUAGAGGAAGUGAAUACAGAUGACAGAGAGGAGAAGCAGGAAACGUCAAGAAUGUCCAAGAAGAAGAAAGCCAGCACAUUAAAAUCACACUUGAGCUGCUCUGUUGAAGACGACAUAGAAAACUAUCCCUGGUAUGUGGGAAACAUGUCCCGAGUGAAGACUGAGCAGCUGCUACGCGAGAAGGGUAAAGAAGGAUCCUUCGUAGUCAGAGAUUCCAGUCAAAAAGGAGUAUACACAGUGUCUCUGUUUAGUCGGGCACUAGAUGAGGUGAAUGGAACUGUACGGCAUUAUCUCAUUAACGUCAACGCAGACGGGCUGUAUUAUUUGGCAGAAAACCACCUUUUUGAGUCCAUUCCCCAGAUGAUAGAAUAUCAUCAACACAAUGGAGCAGGCCUGCUUACAAGACUGCGACUUCCUGCUAGAGAAACCAGUCCCACACCACAGACUGCACAGGGCAUGUGGGAGCUGAGUCGGAAAGACGUGCGUGUGGUGAAAGAGCUCGGCAGCGGCCAGUUCGGAGUGGUCCAGCUCGGUGUGUGGAAGGGUGAACACCAGGUGGCCAUUAAGAUGGUGAAAGAGGGCUGCAUGUCUUCUGACGAAUUUAUUGAGGAAGCCCAGAUCAUGAUGAAACUCAGGCAUCCUAAACUUGUGAGGCUCUAUGGUGUGUGUACCGAGUGCUUUCCCAUCUACAUCGUGACGGAGUUCAUGAGUAACGGCUGCCUGCUGGAGUACCUGAGGCAGCAUGGGAAAGAGCUGCAGCCUCAGCGUCUCCUCAGCAUGUGCCUGGAUGUGUGUGAGGCCAUGGCUUAUCUCGAGGAUCAGCAGUUCAUUCACAGAGAUCUAGCUGCAAGGAACUGUUUGGUUGACGAAGACCUAUCUGUCAAAGUGUCUGACUUUGGAAUGGCAAGAUAUGUCCUGGAUGAUCAGUACACCAGUUCUGUAGGUACAAAAUUUCCUGUGAAGUGGUCCGCCCCUGAAGUUUUGAACUACACCAGAUUUAGCAGCAAGUCCGAUGUGUGGGCGUUUGGGGUGCUGAUGUGGGAGGUGUACAGUCUGGGUAAGCAGCCCUAUGAGCACUAUGAUAACACACGUGUAACUGAAAGAGUGAUGCAGGGUCAUCGCCUGUAUAGACCCCAACUGGCUACAGAUCAGAUCUACCAAGUAAUGAAAUCAUGUUGGCAUGAGGAGACAUUUCUCUCUGGUGGUGUUUCCUUGCUUCACACCGUGGUCAAUGGCAAACACUCUUAUGAAGUGGGAAAAGUUUUGACCAGUAAGCCAAGUGAUUUUGGCAGGAAAGGAGACAAGCUGCUGAAGAUAGACGAUGUCGAAACUCAGUGUUUGCCUCCAAAGAUGUUUGCUAGGAUGCUAAGCUCAGGGUCGCCAAUCCUGACGAUGCACAGGGCAAGUACUGAUGAUGAUAAAGAGAAGAAAUGCCCAGUGUCUGGUGACAUGAGGCCCUACCACAAGGAAGAUAUUAGUUUAUAUUUCAGUCUCGACAUGGUUCAAGAAACAUGUCUGAAUGAAGAAGACAAAAAUCCACAAGUGCCAGAAGAGUUUGAAUGGGAGAGAAGGGAGAAGAAAGGUGAUUUUUUGACUGAUGAGGAAAUGCUGCUUGUGUCUAUGACUAACACAAGUGUAGCGAUUGUGCAAUCAAGAGGAUGCAGUGAACAAAACCCAUGCAGCAGUUGUGGUGGUAAAGGAUGCACCCUCAAUGACUUUGUUGUGGCCAGUCAGCAGAGUACAAUCUCAUCAGUUUGCACAGAAUAUAUUCAAAAGAAUUUUGAAAGAGGUCAAGUGUUGAUCCAGAGUUUACUGCAGCAAAACAUCUGUCCUGAAAAUAUUUCAAAAAAAGCACUGCCUCACAAAAAUAAAUCCACCACAGCGAAGAUCACAAUUUACUACUAUUUGUCAAAUGCACAAGAUGAUUUUGAUAAAGGUGUUCCUGUUGUUUUGAACUUCAGUGGUUCAACCACCUAUCUUAAAUGCAUUUGUAUGGGAAGCACACCAGUUUUGACUUUGGAGUGCUGUGACAAAAGCAAGCUGCAGUCUAUCUAUAAGAAUGACCCCAGUGCAUGGCCUUUUGUCUUCUACCUGAAAACUACAAAGGACAACUAUCGUCGCUUCGAGUCUGCCACGUACAGUGGUUGGUUCAUCCACACAAAACCUUCUGGCAUGUUGUGCAUGGACAAAGGAACAAAUUACAGCGAGAGUAACUUCUAUGUCAUCAUCCACGUAGGAAAUGAAUAAAAACAUUUAAAAAAAACAUUCGAACCCAUAAACCUAUGGGAAUUCAAUAUCAUCAACAUAAGCAUAUCUUUUUUAAUUACAUUUUUCUCUCAUUCUAGUCACAUAAAAUGAUACUCGUGCUAAUAAAAGUUAUCCUUGCUUUUGUAACUAUUAGUCAUACGAAACAUUUUUGAUCAACAAUAAAUGGCUAUUUUUACUUCAAGCUGAUGUACAAAUUUUAACUGCAAUUGCAGUAUUAAGUAAAUAUGCAUCAUAUCACAAUUUACUGAUUUUUAUACUUUUCACAUUAUUUUUUAUAUAGUAUGUGAGAUUCUUUGCUACAUCAUCUGCAAAAAAUGUAUUUGGUACAAAUGUUAUUAAGUUUAAGUGUUUGCAGUUCCUGAAUGUUUCCUAUAAAGUUUAGAAAUGUUGCAUUAGUGCUGUUGUGCUUAAAUGUCAUUUUUUUAAAAAUGUUUUUACACCAUUAUCUAUACUGGCAUUGAAUAUACAUUGAAUAAUAUGUUCAUCUGUUCACAUU